GAGCCUCCGCUACCUUGGACAGAGGCGCCGCGACGCUCUUAGCCCGGCUAUAGCUGCUCCGGAGCGCCCCGACGAGCAGAACUGAGGCGUGAGGCUACAUAAGUGCCCCCAGGUGGCUUCAACUUCUGUCCUCAAUAAAAGAUAUCAAAAGAAAUGCAGGAAUGCCUGUCCUAGACAAAAACAUGCAGAAGAAAGAGAAAGAUACAUGCAGUAAAGAUGAGACAACAGUGCCAAAACUUCCAGUCCCACCACUGCAGCAGACCUUACACAUGUACCUACAGUGCAUGAAACACUUGGUGUCAGAGGAGCAAUUUGGAAAGACCAAGGUCAUUGUGGAGCGGUUUGGAAAGGCAGGAGGCCUCGGAGAAUCUUUGCAGCAAAUGCUGGAGGAAAGAAGGGAAAAAACAACAAACUGGGUGUUUAACUACUGGCUGGAUGACAUGUACCUCAACAACCGGCUAGCUCUUCCAGUCAAUUCCAGCCCAGCAAUUAUCUUUGCUCGUCAGCAUUUCAAGGAUGUGAAUGACCAGCUGAGGUUUGCUGCCAAUCUCAUUUCAGGAGUGCAAGACUAUAAAGCUUUACUGGACACCCACGUUUUACCUGUUGAUUUUGCUCGUGGACAGCUGUCUGGUCAUCCUCUCUGUAUGAAGCAAUACUAUGGGCUCUUUUCUUCCUAUCGUCUUCCAGGACAUACCAAAGAUACCCUCGUGGCCCAGAAAAGCAGUGUAAUGCCAGAACCAGAGCACAUCAUUGUUGCUUGUAACAAUCAGUUUUUUGUUUUGGAUGUUGUCAUUAAUUUCCGUCGUCUCAGUGAGGGAGAUCUUUUCACUCAGUUACAAAAGAUAGCCAAAAUGGCAGAGAAUGAAGAGGAAAUGCUGCCUCCAAUUGGCCUGCUGACAACAGACGGAAGGACAGAGUGGGCAGAGGCCAGGACGAUCCUUAUGAAAGACUCUACUAACCGCGAUUCUCUUGACAUGAUUGAACGGUGCAUAUGCCUCGUGUGCCUGGACAGCCCAAGCGGGGUGGAACUCAGUGAUACCAACAUGGCAUUGCAACUGCUACAUGGGGGAGGCUACCACAAAAACGGGGCCAAUCGUUGGUAUGACAAACCCAUGCAGUUUGUGGUAGGAAGAGAUGGCGUCUGCGGUACCGUGUGUGAACAUUCCCCUUUCGAUGGCAUCGUACUGGUGCAGUGCACUGAACACUUGCUCAAGCACAUGAAGGAAAGUUCCAAGAAACUAGUCCGAGCUGAUUCAGUGACCGAGCUUCCUGCUCCACGGAGACUAAGAUGGAAAUGCUCCCCUGAAAUUCAGACACAUUUGGCAUCAGCAGCAGAAAAACUCCAAAGGAUAGUAAACAAUCUCGACUUCAUUGCCUACAAGUUUGAAAACUAUGGAAAGGAAUUUAUUAAGAAGCAGAAGAUUAGCCCAGAUGCCUACAUUCAAGUAGCACUUCAGCUGGCAUUUUACAGAUGCCACAGGAGACUUGUCCCUACCUACGAAAGUGCUUCCAUACGCAGAUUUGACGAGGGCAGAGUCGACAAUAUUAGGUCUGCUACCUCAGAAGCAUUUGUUUUUGUAAAAGCAAUGACUGAUGAGAAGACAACUCUAUCGGAUUCUGAGAAGAUGCAGAGAUUCAAGGAUGCAAUUGCAGCUCAGACUAAUUACACUAUUCUGGCUAUUACUGGAAUGGCAAUAGACAAUCAUCUGCUGGGGCUCAGAGAGGUGGCACGGGAGCACUUCAAGGAACUGCCAGAGAUAUUUACGGAUGAGACAUAUUUGACAAGCAAUCGAUUCAUCCUCUCAACCAGCCAGGUCCCAACUACUAUGGAAAUGUUCUGCUGCUAUGGGCCUGUGGUACCCAAUGGUUAUGGGGCAUGUUAUAACCCUCAGCCAGAGCAUAUAUUAUUCUGCAUCUCAAGCUUUAAAGACUGUAAAGAAACCUCCUCAGACAUGUUUGCAAAAGCUGUGGAAGAAAGUCUCCUAGAAGUGAGAGAUCUGUGCAACAAAUGCAGUUCUACUGUGGCAAAGCCACUUGCUAAACAAGAAGCAGCCACACAGCUGCAGAGCGACCGCAAGCUCUAAAAGGCUGUGUGAAAUAUUCUCCUGAAUCCACCUGAUGAAGAAGCAAUGACACAGUCGUUCAAAGGCAAGAUAGUACUAGUAAUACCUUAGUGUAGAACCAAAAUGUCAUUUGUUUUACAUUGUUGCCAGCAUUUAAAACACUGCAUGUACUAAAUCUAACAUUUCUCGCUUGAAACCUCAUCAGCCAAAAAGGCUUGGUCUCACCGGUUGAAAUGAAGGAGGAAGUAAUACAAGUAUGUGUUGUACUACCACUUCUAACCAUAAUUAACUUCGGCCAUUUUAUCACCUAAAGAAUUGAGUAAGUUUGUGUAUGACAUAAAUUAAACAGUAAGGCACACCAAUUAAUUAAUAUUCCCUGCAAGUAGUUCUAAAAUACGCACAUCUAUUCCUGCAAGAUUUGCAUGUAGAGGAACAAAAAUAUGAAGACAUUUCCCCUAUUGGGAAUGUUGAAAUAAACACUGUAAAUAAUAGGCUGAUGCCAUUAAAUCUUGAAAAUUUGCAUGAAAAGUAUUUAAUUCCACCAUUCUAUUUACUACAUAAGGAAAACAGAUUAUUUUUGAGAGUGGCCACUGUGUAUUUCCACAAACAGAUUUCCACUUGUGUUUGCAUGCUCCCCCAAUAUAGAAAUGCUGCAGAAAUAGUUUAGCCUUUAUUCUGGUGUGCACUGGCCUCAAGAACAGUACUAUUCUGAAAGCAGCAUAUCGGAGAGAAGAUCCAUCACAGAGAGCUAAGGGAAUUUUGUCUGUAAUGAAUUGACUUAAUUAUUUCAUUCUAUCAGUGAGCAAAAUCCAGUCUGACAGAGAGGCAAAGCACAAAGCGUAAGUGCAAUUCAAUCCUACUCUAGACCUUUUUUGUUUGCACAGGAAUGAAUUUAGUCACUGUGACUAGCAGGAAUGUGCAUGCAACCAAACAAAAUCAAAGAGCAAUAAAUAACUAGAAUGAAGAGCAAACUUGCAAUAUAAGGAAGUCUCCAAGAUAGUGCUAUAAGUACCAGUUUAAGAGUACCGGUACUCAUAUCAGCUUUGCAUCAACCCAUUUGGGAGGGAUUUAUAUUUUAUAUUUUUAAAAGUAGAUGUAGGGUACCAUAUUCUGCAAUAUACAGUAAAUUCAAUCAGGAAAAUAAUAUAGCAUCUGGUAAUUCCCAUAUUCUGCUAGUGUUAUCCUGAGGGUUUUCUCAUUAUCUCUUUCAUUCCCUACAAAUCCUUCAAAGGACUGAUAGUUUCAGGCACUUUCGAGCUGAAAUAUGUUGCCUUGCUUAGAGGUGUUCAGUCGUCACUGUUAGAACACAACUUACUGUCUAAAAGAGCAUGCACUAACUCCAGUGAGUAUCCUUUGCUAGGCAAGCUGGAGCACGCUUGGAAGCCUGGCCAGGGACUGCUUACCUGCCUGUGGAGAAGUGGAGAUGUUUCUUCUUCCUUUGUAGACUGAACAAUCACAUGCUUAAGCACCCCCAAGCUUAAGAGCAGGAGAAUACAAUACAAUAAACUUGAAGGGCAGAUAUGUUUCUGUUCAAGAAUUCUAGAUACAGAUUCAAUAGAUCAUAUACAUCCAUGCUUAUUUUACUGCCUCUUUGGCAUUGC